CAAGGUGUUUGAUAUGGGCGAAGAAGAACAUGAUAUUAUUCUCCAAAAAGUUCAAGAAGCCAAGCGAGCCAGUUUUUCUUUGAGAGUGUCUGUUGUGAAGGCAAAGAGUCUGAUGGCCAAGGACGCAAAUGGGUACAGCGACCCCUAUUGCAUGCUGGGAAUCCUGCUGGGCCAGAGCCCGAGGGAGACGGAGGAGAAGAAGGAGAGGAAGUUCAGCUUCAGGAAGAAAAAGGACAAGCUGGAGAAACGCUCCAGCACCAAGGAGGUGUUACCGACCGCCUGCAUCCAGGUGACGGAGGUCAAAGCGGAGACUCUGAACCCGGUGUGGGACGAGCACUUCCUGUUUGAAAUAGAUGAUGUCCACAAUGACCUCUUACAUCUUGACAUAUGGGAUCACGACGAUGACGUGUCUGUUGCUGAGGCCUGCAAAAAGCUCAAUGAAGUCAGUGGACUUCGAGGAAUGGGCAGGUAUUUUAAGCAGAUAGCAAAGUCAGUGCGCUCCAAUGGAUCUGCAUCUUCAGGCUCCGAGGACAACGCCGAUGACUUCCUCGGAUGCAUCAACAUCCCUCUGAAUGAGAUCCCAAUCGUGGGCUAUGACACCUGGUUUAAGCUGGAGCCUCGAUCGAGCACGUCUAAAGUUCAGGGAGAAUGUCACCUGAUUCUGAAGCUGUUCACCAGUCAGAGGGACACAGCUUUGUCUAAGAAAGACUCAAAUGUCUCCAUUCACAAGAAACUGCUGAGUCAGAUCGUGGAGUAUGAGCAUGCACAUGUUAAGAGAGAGCCGUACAAUUGGAACGGGCAUGUCUGUCCUCCAGCAUGGACCGUGCUGACUCACCAUGCUGUGCAAACUGAUCUCUCCCCCCUGCAGCAGGCCAUUAUUCGCUGGCAGUGCUACAGCAGCCACCAUCGGACGCAGAGGGUGUGCUACUCCCUGCUGCUGCGCCUCCUGAGGACCAUCGAUGCCGAGUGGGACCCCGUCGCUGUGAGGGGAGACCUGGAGCGGCAGCUAUCAGACAGCUUCAGGCUGUACACUGAGCACUGCCUGUGCCUGAUGAAGAACAUGCGGCAGGUCUUCCCCUGCACAAGUUCCGCUGCCAUCACACGCUACGAACUCAUGCUGAG